AUGGUUCCAAACUUCGAUGAAGACCUCGAUACCAGAGAUUCUACUGAAUUGAAUGAAUCCCUCCCUGAAAAAGAUCCAAUGGCAUGUAUCGUGUGUGGUGAUGUUGCUACUGGACGUCACUAUGGUGCUAUCGCCUGUAAUGGUUGUAAAGGAUUUUUCCGACGAACAAUUCGACGAGGUUAUAAAUACACUUGCCGAUUCAAAUCUGAAUGCUUUAUUGACAAGCACAACCGAGCAGUAUGCCGAUUUUGUCGUUACACACGUUGUAUACGCGCUGGAAUGAGAAUAGAACAGGUGCAGAAUGAACGUGAUGUGAUCGGGAAACGGGUGCGAACGUCCAGCUCGUCGACGGCGCAGACAAAACCGCAAAUAAAACGUCAUCAAAGCGCUGACGAAGGACCAUCAAAAAGGUCCUCGCCUGAAAUCAGUGGAUCAUUUGAGGAUGCUUGGGACUGUCCCGAAACGUUGAUCAGUGCGCUACUAAAAUCCGAAAAGACGAUAAAUGGUCUACGAGAUUCAGUCAUAAAACAAACGGGAAAUGUGGAGUACACGGUAAAUCCAGAAGAGCCGGCGUCUUCCUGUUCGGGGACCCGGACAGCCACACUUAAUGACAUAAUCAAAUCUCUACAUAGUCAACUGCUCUUAGUAAUCGAAUGGGCAAAAACACUCCCUCCAUUUCUUACCCUAUCCACGACAGAUCAGACAGCUUUGCUCAAGAACUUUGCUCCACAACACAUUGUAUUAUGCGUUUCAUAUCGUUCUAAAGAAGGAGCGGACUUUUUGAAACUGAUCAACGACAGUUUUAUUCUCAGGCCAUCUAAGGAUCUGCAAGAUAAGAAUGGUUUUUACCUUCCUGACUGUGAAAAAGUGAUGGAUCAAAUGGUGGCACCGAUGAGAUUUUUGGCAAUCGACGAUGCCGAAUUCGUUACGCUCAAAGCUUGUGUCUUGUUCAACCCUGUUGCAAAAGGCCUAUCGCCAUUGGCUGUCACUACCGUAUUGAAUACCCGAAGGCGUAUCUUCUCAGCGUUGGAACAUUACGUUCGGACGAGAAAAUUCGAUGAAAAAACGCGGUUAGGAGAUCUGACGUGUUUUUUGCUUUCUCCGUUAUCGUCUUUGGCAAAUUCUAUUUGCGAAGAUAUUUUGGUGACAAAAUUGAGCGGUGUGGCACGGCUGGAUGUACUUAUGGAAGAACUUAUGCUAGCCGAUGCUGAAGAACAAAACAAAGGUCCUCAAAGAGCAAUGCUAACCGUCGACACAGCUCUACCCUCUACCAAUGAUUUUGGCAGUUUGUUAUCUGAGAAGACGUCACUUUCGUUGACAGAACCAUUAUCGGACGAGUUUGACGCUCUCAGCACAUUUCCCUCGGGAAUCACCCAUACUUUUACUCUUUCAAACUUUGAGGAGUCACUUCCGAUCUCACCAUCUCCUUCAGUGUCACCGAAUCUGCUCUGGUCAAGUCAGUUGGCAUCGUGCCAGCACAGCCCUCUAUAUAUCCCAAAUGGAGGCUAUUAAGAUAGUUUAAGUUACUAGAUUGUUAGUGUAGCGUUGUUUGUUUACAUAUUUGUUUUGAAUAGUUCUUUUACUUGUAAAAUGUUGUUUACGGUGUCAUAGUCUGAAAUCAGUUGUCAGUGAGAAUUUUCUGUUUGCAAUGAGUUUAGUUUCUGUAUUUAUUUGUCCAAGUUUUGAUGUUAAUUUUCUACAUUUUCUACAUUCUCAUAUAUUACAAACUAUUUACUUCACACUCAGUGCCAUUUUAAGCAUUUAAUCUUAAUGUUCCUCACUUUUAUCACUUUAUGCAUUGCCUUCGUCGUUCGAAGUGCUUCCUUAGAUCUUCAUUGUUCCUUAGCCGAACUGUGAUUUUGCGGGAAAUGUUGACGUGAGCGUUGAAAUUCACAAGUUCUUCUCUUCACCAUUCACAUAG